AAGUUGUCUUUUCCGCUAGUUUCGUAUGAGACAUCCUGUGUUUUGGAUGGACUGAUUGACAGUUUCGAAGGAGCUCAAAACGUUUCACAGAAGUGUGAUUGCAAUAUAGCCAUGGCCCUGAAGAACAGUUGGCAAACCUGAGGAGGAAAUAUUCAUAACCGCCUGGUGUCGGGUCUCAGCAGUUUUAGCAAUGGCUUACCUAGCCCAGUCAGUCCAUUGGCAGUUUGUGGGUCUGGUGCUUGGGUUUGUAGGAUGGAUAAUGAUGGCCUCUAUCUCUGGGGUGAACGACUGGAGGAUAUGGUACGUGGACAAUCAGACGGUCAUCACUGGAGGAAUGGCCUGGGUGGGCGUGUGGAGGGCCUGCUUUAACAGCCACAUUUUGGACUCGGCUGAGGUCUGCAAAAGCAUCAGCCUUACAGAUUCCUUCACUCCUCCAGAGAUUGCAGCCGCUCAGGUACUUUGCAUGACCGCUAUUGGUGUGGGGGUAGUCGCAAACCUGGUGGCAGGAUAUGCGGUGAGAAACGCAAUUCUUGGGGUUGAUGGCGGGCAUGUCAGAUUGGCCUUUGUGAUGGCGGGUUCCUUGUACUGGCUAACUGCAGUGUGUACUCUGGUCCCUGUCAUUUGGAAUAUGAGUUCUGUGCUGGCGAAUCUCACUAUAGACUUCCCACCGGACUUCUACUUGCCUUCUGCUCCAGUAAAACAGGAAGUGGGUCCAGGGAUUGGGUUUGGGAUCAGCUCAGCUUGCCUACUCAUUGUAAGUGGACUACUAUUAUUGUGCUACAGGUAUCCCAAAACCAAGAUGCCUACGAGUGGAGAAACUGGACAUUUCGACAGAAGUCUAAGGGAUGAAGGCUUUCUUGGUGUAAUUAAAGAGAGUAUGGAUGAGGGGAAGAUCAACCCAGCAUAUGAAUCGGAUAAUCAUUAAUAAUAAAACGCAUU